AGAAAUAAAUAAAAGCGAAUAAUUGCCCAAUGAGCAAGGCACCCCAUCUCUCGUCGCUGUGGUGGAUCCGAUCUCCAGAACAUCCAGCGAUCGUUAAACAGAGAGAAGAGAAAAUGGCGUUUUUUGUUAAUCUCGAGGACUCUCCUAUGUUCAGAAAACAGAUGUACUCUCUGGAACAUACAGCUGAUGAGCUAAAAGACCGGUGCCAUAAGCUUCAGAAAGGUUGUAAGAAAUUUGUGAUAUCACUUGAUGAAGCUUACGAGGGAGAUCUUUCCUUUGCGGAUUCCUUGGAAGCAUUUGGAGCUGGACAAGAUGACCCAAUCAGUGUAUCUAUAGGAGGUCCUAUCAUGUCAAAGUUUACUACUGCAUUUAGAGAGAUUGGUACCUACAAAGAACUUCUUCGCUCUCAAGUGGAUCAUAUGCUCAGUGAUCGUGUAAUGCAGUUCUUGAGCACUGAUCUGCAAAAUGUUAAGGAUUCUCGUCGGCGCUUUGACAAAGCUACGCAGGGUUAUGAUCAGGCUCGUGAAAAGUUUAUGUCACUGAAGAAAGGCACACGUCCAGAUGUUGUUACUGAACUGGAAGAAGACCUGCACAACUCAAAGUCAGCAUUUGAAAGAUGCCGAUUUAAUCUAGUUAGUGCUCUUGCAAAUAUUGAAGCAAAGAGAAAGUAUGAAUUUUUGGAAUCUAUAAGUGCAGUAAUGGAUGCUCAUUUGAGAUAUUUUAAGCAGGGAUACGAGUUAUUGAGCCAGAUGGAGCCAUUCAUUCACCAGGUUUUGUCAUAUGCACAACAGUCAAAGGAAAUGGCUAAUGCUGAACAAGAUAAACUUGCAAAGCGAAUUCAGGAGUUCAGAACUCAGGCUGAACUAGCCAGUUUAAGAUCUUUGACCCAUAUGGAUGCUUCAACUAGCGGUGGUGAUGGUAUCCACGUUGUUGGUAUUAAUUCGUACAAAAACAUAGAAGCACUUAUGCACUCUACAGCAAAUGGACAGGUUAAAACCAUUAAGCAAGGUUAUCUCCUCAAGCGUUCUUCAAACUUGAGAGGAGACUGGAAAAGGAGGUUCUUUGUGCUUGAUAGCCAUGGAACUCUAUACUAUUACCGACCUAAAUGGAACAACAAACAAAGCAAACAAUUAGAUGAGGAUAGUCUUGGUUGCCAUACUGUUGAUCUUCGCACAUCAACGAUAAAGAUUGAUGCAGAGCAGUCAGACCUGAGAUUUUGUUUCAGAAUAAUAUCACCAAUGAAGACAUACACUCUGCAGGCUGAAAAUUCUGCGGAUCGUGUAGACUGGGUUGAUAAGAUUACAGGAGUUAUUGCAUCACUUCUAAAUUCUCCUUUCAUAAACCAGGUUUCCUCUGGGAAGAUAUAUACUGAGGGUAAAAGCUUUACCGAUACAAGUGGUUUUGAAUCUUUGUCGGACACAAACGUGCAAGGACAUGAUAGCGUUUCUACGAUCCUUAAGAGUAUACCUGGAAAUGAUGUUUGUGCAGAAUGUGGUGCUCCUGAACCAGAUUGGGCGUCGCUUAAUCUUGGUAUUCUGAUAUGUAUCGAAUGCUCUGGUGUUCACAGGACCUUAUUUAAACCUUUGUUUUAUAAUUGGUCACUUGACAGAUUUUCUAAGAAAGACAUCGCACAAAGUGUAUCAUUUCAGGAUGAGGAUAGUCUUGGUUGCCAUACUGUUGAUCUUCGCACAUCAACGAUAAAGAUUGAUGCAGAGCAGUCAGACCUGAGAUUUUGUUUCAGAAUAAUAUCACCAAUGAAGACAUACACUCUGCAGGCUGAAAAUUCUGCGGAUCGUGUAGACUGGGUUGAUAAGAUUACAGGAGUUAUUGCAUCACUUCUAAAUUCUCCUUUCAUAAACCAGGUUUCCUCUGGGAAGAUAUAUACUGAGGGUAAAAGCUUUACCGAUACAAGUGGUUUUGAAUCUUUGUCGGACACAAACGUGCAAGGACAUGAUAGCGUUUCUACGAUCCUUAAGAGUAUACCUGGAAAUGAUGUUUGUGCAGAAUGUGGUGCUCCUGAACCAGAUUGGGCGUCGCUUAAUCUUGGUAUUCUGAUAUGUAUCGAAUGCUCUGGUGUUCACAGGAAUCUUGGUGUCCACAUUUCAAAGGUGAGAUCUCUAACGUUAGAUGUGAAGGUUUGGGAGCCCACCAUCUUGGAUUUAUUCGGUAGGCUUGGCAAUACUUAUUGUAAUUCUGUGUGGGAGGAAUUGCUUCUACUUCAAGAAGAAAGUAUGGGUGAAUUGUCAACCAAAAAGCCUAGUCCUAAAGAUGCCUUCGCAGAUAAGGAAAAAUACAUCCACUUAAAGUAUGUGGAUAAAAUAUUAAUCGUUAAAGAAACAUCUCAAACAGAUCUCCCAGCUCUUGCUGCCCGUAUUUGGGAGUCAGUAAAGACUAACAAUGUACAAGAAACAUAUCGUCUUAUCGUGGCAUCAAAUGUAAAUCCAAACACUCAAUAUAAUGAGAUGAAUGUUGAUCUUUAUCAUCUUGAAGAUACUUCAAGGGCUAAAGAUAGUGGGUACAAAGAGAAGCAUAUAGAUCCCCAAUCAUGUGAGAAACUCAAAUACUCUGGUGAGCUAGAAAGUUGUUUGCAGGGCUGUACACUAUUGCAUUUAGCGUGUCACGGUAGUGAUCCUGUGAUGCUGGAACUGUUGCUACAGUUUGGUGCUGAUAUCAAUAGACAAGACUGCCAUGGGAGGACUCCUCUCCACCAUUGUAUCUUAAAGAAGAAUGAUGACCUUGCGUCGUACCUCAUUAGGAGAGGUGCAUGUACAUCGACUACAGAUGGUGGAGGCUUAACUGCUUUGGAAAGAGCCAUGGAGCUCGGAGCAAUAACCAAUGAAGAACUCUUCAUAUUGCUUGCUGGACAUGAGGUGAGAUCUCUAACGUUAGAUGUGAAGGUUUGGGAGCCCACCAUCUUGGAUUUAUUCGGUAGGCUUGGCAAUACUUAUUGUAAUUCUGUGUGGGAGGAAUUGCUUCUACUUCAAGAAGAAAGUAUGGGUGAAUUGUCAACCAAAAAGCCUAGUCCUAAAGAUGCCUUCGCAGAUAAGGAAAAAUACAUCCACUUAAAGUAUGUGGAUAAAAUAUUAAUCGUUAAAGAAACAUCUCAAACAGAUCUCCCAGCUCUUGCUGCCCGUAUUUGGGAGUCAGUAAAGACUAACAAUGUACAAGAAACAUAUCGUCUUAUCGUGGCAUCAAAUGUAAAUCCAAACACUCAAUAUAAUGAGAUGAAUGUUGAUCUUUAUCAUCUUGAAGAUACUUCAAGGGCUAAAGAUAGUGGGUACAAAGAGAAGCAUAUAGAUCCCCAAUCAUGUGAGAAACUCAAAUACUCUGGUGAGCUAGAAAGUUGUUUGCAGGGCUGUACACUAUUGCAUUUAGCGUGUCACGGUAGUGAUCCUGUGAUGCUGGAACUGUUGCUACAGUUUGGUGCUGAUAUCAAUAGACAAGACUGCCAUGGGAGGACUCCUCUCCACCAUUGUAUCUUAAAGAAGAAUGAUGACCUUGCGUCGUACCUCAUUAGGAGAGGUGCAUGUACAUCGACUACAGAUGGUGGAGGCUUAACUGCUUUGGAAAGAGCCAUGGAGCUCGGAGCAAUAACCAAUGAAGAACUCUUCAUAUUGCUUGCUGGACAUGAGUGAGACAAGAAAAGAUAUAUCCCCUGUAUAUCAUCUUCAACUGAUUCCAAUCAUCUCUGAAAGCUAGAGAACUGGAAGCAACCUGAUGGCUGAUGUAUCACCGAAUGUUUAAGAUAGAAUUGCCGAGUUAGGAUGUUGACCAUGAGUGCAUUUAUUGGUUAAUUCAUCAAUUUCCACCUUUAGAACCGUCACAGAAUUUGUUGUGCUAAUAGAUGAUGAUGACCCCAAGAUUCAAUGGUGUAGCCGCAUUAUUAUUUUAUUUUGUAUUGUAUAUUUAAAGAAUUAUUUGAUAGGAUCUGUUUGCAUGUUGUAAACUUGGCUGAUAUAUGACAUGGAGGUAAACCUAAAGACUGAAAGAUGUAUUGCUGUUAAUGUUCUUUCACCCAACGGGACAAAGAGAAAACUUCAAUUGAAGAAA